CGGUAAUUGUUUUUAGUUAUGUGUCGGGUCAUUCCUGUCCAGUAAAAACACAGUCGCAAGCUUACCUUUUCAACAGACUGCCUCUCAGGUUCUGGAUGCCGCUCGAGGUUUCCAGCCCAGGCCUCCCUCCUCUGAAAUCUAUCCAGACCUGAUAUAUCUUUCAGGAUUUUUCUGGGUUCUGUGUUAGGGAGUGUGUAUUUGCUUACACUGGCUUGCCCUGGUUUGUCUCCUAACCUAAGUGUGUUCUGGAAGUGUUUCCUGGGAUUACAGACUAAACCCUGAUAAUGUUCAGUGAAACAAGUUCUAGGUGUUCUCCUUUUUCCAGGCUUCUUGCAAAAUGGAAUCCCCAAGAGUUUAACUGAAUUAGUGAGCAGUUUUUCUCUAGACUCGUUUUGCUAGAUGUUAAUGAAUAUGAGUGACUUAAAUCGUUUGCCAGUAAGCGUAGGGUCAUCCAUUCAGUGCCCGGCUAACGGGUUAGUUGGCUUCACACAGAGAAAAUGCUGCUUCAUAAUCACAGGCUGUCCAGCCAGCCGCUGGGCAAGCGCAGGACACUUUUCAGGAGGACAGAAUGAGAGUUGAUGGGUCAGUAGUCACUCCCUAAUUAUGGGUCGGGGUGUCAUCUUCAUACACAGACGGACAGCACAGAACGUGGUGCAGAGAGUGAGGAAGGAAUGCCCCACAGCUGCUCGCCUCAAUGUUGAAGGCAAAAAAAAAAAAAAUUUUUUUUUUUUUUUUAUGGAGAGGGGUGAAAAGGUCUGAAGAAUUUCAGGGCAUUGGGGAUGAAUCACAAAAGCACAAAAAGAAACCCUGAUUUUACAAAUACAUGCAUAUUCUCUUUACUGGAGCACUUGGAAUCAUCGCAUGUGUAGAUGUGCAUAGUAGACAGAGGAAAGGAGUUUUUGAAGUGUGUAGGCUUACCCCUUCGUUAACACUGAUCUCCGAGCUCAGACUAGAAGCUACUGCGGACGCCUAGUCCGGUGUUUCUUCCCACCUACCGCGCUGCCUGUGAAGCGCUCUAAAACUUUCUUUGGCCACAACUGAAUAGUAAGAUUUGCAAAGUGAUUACUAAUUCUAAAUUGGUUCGUGAAUUUAUAACAAACCUAAUAAAAGGGCUUAUUUUUCUCCCUAACUUUUUAGGCCUUAAGUUUUUGGGUUGAAAUGUUUGGAAAAAAUAAAAUGUUUAAUUCAAACUAUAUCAAAAAAAGCCAAACCCAGUGCCGUCGAGGUGAUUGCGACUCACAGUGACCCUGUAGGGUGGCUAUGAGUCGGAAUCAACUUGACGGCACUGGGGUAAUUCAAAGUAUAAACAUUGUAUAAUUUUUUUAAAAAACAUCUUUUGUUAAUGUAAAGGCAGGUUGGAAUUCAGAGAUCCUGUUUGAGGGUUUUUGAUGUAAAGGUACGUUAAUAGACCUUAAUAAUGGUAACAGUCCAUUAAAAUAUAAUUUUGUCUAAUGUACCUCUAAAACGUUAGUACGUUCGUGGAUUAAAAUAGGACCUGAUGUUUUAUUUACUCAUCUAAAUACAUGUUGGAUAGUUUGCCCAAAUGCCUAAGCAUUAUCUGGGCAACCUAGGGAGAAGAAUUUUUAAACAUGAAUCGUUUUUAAAAUUUGGAAAUAAGGUUUCUGUGUUGAUUUGCUAAAUUAAUAUUUGCUCUGACAUAAUCUCAAAAUGCAGGAUAAUUUCAUUUAUUUAUGUUACUUUUCAGUAUAUCUUUGUCUCUGCUUACAAAAUAAAUUUUAUAGCUUCAUUUUUUCCAUUUUUUGGUUUCUUCUGAAGCAUAGUUAGUAUACAGUUAUUUUUGAUCCUAUUUUUAAGAUAGCAAAAAAUGAAAGUAUUUUACUUGGUUAGUCAGGGGCAUGGCAGUGUGGCACCCAGGCCCCAGACCUGUUGUCAUCAGGUGCCAUCAGGUCGGUUCUGACUCACGGCGACCCUGCGUAACAGGAUGAAACACUGCCUGGUCCUGCGCCAUCCGCACAGUCAUUGCUACGUUUGAGCCCAUUGUUGCAACCACUGUGACAAUCCAUUUCCUUGAGGGUCUUCCUCUUUACCAAGCGUGAUGUUCUUCUCCAGGGACUGGUCCAGACCUGCUGAGGGGGUAAGUGAAGCAUACGAAUAGCAUCAAUGCCCGCCUUUGCCCUAGCAGGAAUCUCCCUUUGCCUGGAGACUCGGCCGGAAGGAAGGGCUCUGCACCGCCUGCGCCUCCACAUCCUGUAUCACCACUGAGUCUGCGCCAAGAAGCGGAGAUGCAUUUAUUCAUCUAAUGUUUAUUGAGUUCCCGUUCUUCAAGAAGCUAAUAAUAUAUAGCCAUGGCAUUGAACUGGCUUGCCAAAAGCAGAAGGAGUUUGUGAAGAAUACUCUGGCGUGCAAAUGGAAUCUCGCUGAAGCGCAGCAGAAGCUCGGUAGCCUGGCGCUGCAUAACUCUGAGUCCUUGGAUCAGGAGCACGCCAAAGCACAGACAGCAGCGUCAGAGCUGAGGCAGCGGGAAGAAGAGUGGCGACAGAAGGAAGAGGCUCUCGUGCAAAGAGAGGGACUGUGCCUGUGGAACAUGGAUGCCGUUAGCAGGGAUGUUUUUAAUAAGAGUUUUAUUAAUCAAGAUAAAAGAAAAGAAACAGAAGAUGAAGAUAAAUCAAAAUCAUUUAUGCAGAAAUAUGAACAAAAAAUCAGACAUUUUGGUAUGUUGAGCCGAUGGGAUGAUAGUCAGAGGUUCUUGUCUGACCAUCCCUACCUUGUAUGUGAAGAAACUGCCCAGUACCUUAUUUUAUGGUGUUUUCAUCUAGAAGCUGAACAGAAAGGGGCUUUGAUGGAACAAAUAGCACACCAGGCUGUUGUCAUGCAGUUUAUUAUGGAAAUGGCCAAAAACCGUAACGUGGAUCCAAGAGGGUGUUUUCGUUUAUUUUUCCAGAAAGCCAAAGCAGAGGAAGAAGGUUAUUUUGAAGCGUUCAAAAAUGAACUUGAAGCUUUCAAGUCAAGAGUAAGACUUUGUUCUCAGUCACAAAGUUUUCAGCCUAUGACGGUUCAGAAUCAUGUUCUCCAUUCUGCUGUUGGAUCUGUAGGUGUAUUGGAAUCCUUACCACAGCAGCUCGCACCAGACGGCUGUGGAAUCUGUGCCACACUCAGGACAAGAGAAUCGUAUCUUGAGCGCUCUUGGAAAGAACUAUGGUCUCAAAGCAAGAAACAUGCUGAGAAUGUCCCUAGAUAGGAGUAUGGAGGAUCGGUGGGGUGUAAGUGUAGGUUAGCUUAGGUGUGUUGGCAUUCAAUGUAUUUUGUAUUUAAGUCUCUCCAUGUUCAAGUGUCUGACACUUCUGACAGAGAUAGACGGAUGAGUCCUGGAAAAUUUCUUCAGCCAACUCAUCAUACUCAAAAUUCUUAUGGAAAACUGGAGCCUAGUCUUAGUAUUAAGUACUAUGAUGACAUGUGCAAAGAGCUGGAGAUAGAAAACCAAAAGGGAAGAACAUGCUUGGCGUUUCUAAACCUGAACUGAAGAAAAAAUUCAAGCCUCGAGUUGCAAUAGUGAAGGAUUCUAUGGGGAAAAUAUUCAGCGAUGCAGGAAGCAUCAAAAGAAGAUGGAAGGAAUACACAGAGUCAUUGUACCAAAAAGAAUUAGUCGAUGUUCAACCAUUUCAAGAGGUGGCAUAUGAUCAGGAACCGAUGGCACUGAAGGAAGAAGUCCAAGCUGCUCUGAAGGCAUUGGUGAGAAACAAGGCUCCAGGAAUUGAUGGAAUAUCAAUUGAGAUGUUUCAACAAACAGAUGCAGUGCUGGAGGUGCUCACU